UCGUGUUAAAUCAUCAGAAAAUAACUAUGUGGGUCCUUGGGAAGAUCAGGGAGAGCGUCGAGAGCAUUCCUCUAGAGCUGAGUCGUUAUAUGGGAAAGAGUGAGGAGGACGUCUUUCUCUCAUGUAAGACCAGCUUCUCUCACAAUCUGCCCAACAACAUCCUCACCCCAGACAAGAUCCCAGACUUCUGCCUCCCUCCACGGCUCUGCAAGAGAAGCCCUCUGCAGGAAACGGAGACAACGCUGUCUUACCUGCACAGUCAGAACCAGAUACCCAAGAGCAACACUUCUUCAAACACUACACAUGUAAAGAUGAAAGAUGUGAAGACUAAGGGUGGUGAUGCAUCAGUGGCUUGGAAAGCUACAAAGAAACCUUUUCCAUUCUCUGCAGAGGGGUAUGGGCUGGCUGGGAUAUAUGAGAGCCCCAACACUCGAAGGAAAGAGUCUUUGUUUCACUCAAAGUGUCCAGUUUACAUAUUUGACAGAAGCACUCCUACUGCACCACCCAGGCGGGCGAAGGAGACAAACCUGCCCAAGAAAACUUUAUCUGGGUUUUUCCCUCUGUUUUCAUGCAAGACCCUGUCAGAGACAGGAAGCAAAGAAAGUGAAACGCCUUCUUCCAGUGACUCAUCCCCCCUUAAUUCUCCUUAUAGUGGUAAAUCCUCCCUCUACAUCCCAUCAGGCAGUGCUCGUCUCAAAGGAGCGACAUCCUGUCCUUCGUUAAUUGACAGCAGGGAGGUCAGAGGGAGGUUGAAGAGGGGGGAUUUAAGUUUAACAACCUCUCCCAGUAGCCCUCCAAGCUUAGAGGUAAACUCACUCACCCUAGCCCCACCUGUCCUCUUCCCACUGGAUGUUCUGCAGUGUCAGGAGAGACUUCAGCGUGAGCAUGUCCUCCCUUUGCUGGGCCAUGGUAAAGUGCGCCUCUCUGCCGAGCGCACCACAUUCUCCACCAACACGUUCUCAUCCCUUUCCACAGUCAGAGUUCGUGUGGUGUCUGUGGAAGGCCUGCGGGAUGACCGACGAACGCCGAACUGUGCAGUGAAUCUCUGUCUGACACCAGGGAAGCUUCAGCAACAGGAGAGUGCCACAAUCAGGAACUGCCGCAGCCCUGUGUUUAAUGAAGAUUUCUUCUUCACAGAGCUGAGUCGGGUGGAUCUGCUGGACCUGCAGCUGAGGUUAAAAGUGGUGGAUAAACCUGCAGCUGGAACACUGAGGAGGGGGACAGUGAUUGGAGUGAUCACCAAACCACUGUCUCAGUUACUCCCCCUUAAUAAAUGGGUAGAAGACUAAACAUUUCCCUUACAGAAAAAUAUAAAAAUACCAAUUCUAUAACCUUUUUUGUGUAAUAUUUGUACUUAAUAGGAACACGGCACACAAAAUGUAUGAUAAAAACACUAUGUCUGAAGAUAAUUAAUACUAAGUGUACAAAAGAAAGGAGUUGAGGAGAGAGACAUGAGAAAUAUUGUAAAGGCUAUGUGCGCAUUUUGCAUGUACUACUCUGUAAAAUCUUCUGCUGUUGGUGCUCAUCAACAUUUGCUAUAACAAUGUGAAAAUGACAGCUGUUUUGUUUGUCUCCUGCACUCAAAAGGCCAAAAAGUGACCAAAGAAGU